UUAAAUGGACUUCCCUUGCCCGGAAUUCGUCACUUGUUCAUCCCGCGAUUGUCUUUUCAGCCACCGGUAGCUUGUGGGUGCCUUAAAUGCGAUAGUCAAUUAUGAUUGUAUGUCUACUUACAUUAAAUAUAAUUAUUAAUAUAUGCCUACUGUAUGAUAGCUAGCAAAUUAAUUAUCUAAAUAAUGUUAGCCUGCCUACCUGGAACUUCUGAAGGAUGUUUUAUUUCUACAAUUCCCAAAAGCUAACCGAACAAAAACAUAAUUACCGUCAUGUGCAUUAGUAGCACAAUUUCUAACUUAUUUACAUUUGUUUUUUACUUACACGUACUUGUAUGUUGACUCUAUAUUGACGUUGAGGUUUUAUGUUUUGGCGGAUGUACAAUCAUCGCGAAUUGAAUUACUGUGCGUUUCAAGCCCAGUAGUGAACGUAAUUGUACACUCGCAAACUCCAUUAAAAACAAGGGCUUGUGUUGCAAACUUCCCUUGCUUGGCUAAUCAUUUGGACCGACGACCAAUAUGGCUGCGGGGAUUCCCCCAAGGGCAUAAGGCGAGGUCUGGGCAUUUUAGUGAAGACAUGAUCCCUACAGUUGGAUUCAACAUGAGGAAGAUCACAAAAGGCAACGUUAACAUCAAGAUCUGGGAUAUAGGAGGGCAGCCGAGGUUCAGGAGCAUGUGGGAACGUUACUGUCGGGGAGUUAACGCAAUUGUAUACAUGGUGGAUGCAGCUGACCGUGAGAAGGUGGAGGCUUCCAGGAAUGAGCUGCACAAUUUGUUAGACAAGCCUCAGUUGCAAGGAAUUCCUGAACUUGGCAGCUAUUCAAGACAGAGAGAUUUGCUGCUACUCCAUUUCCUGCAAAGAGAGAGACAACAUAGAUAUCACACUGCAGUGGCUCAUCCAACAAUCAAAAUCUGGGAGAAGCUGAAAGUACAGGAACUCUGUCCUCCCAGCUCCAUCUUCCAUGUUACCCUCAUGCCACACCCUGUUCACUCUCUGUUCACAUAUCUACAGUGUUCCCUCCAACUCAGAUGCUGCACUGUGCCCCCUGCCCGUUCCUCCCUGUUCUAAUUUUAUCCAAUGAUUCUCCCCCACAAACCCCCAUACCUCUGCACUACCAAAAGAUGGUAGCCCCUGGUCAAUGCCAAAUACCACAUCCCAUGAGUCACAGAAUGGGCAUUACUCCUCUGCCAUGAGGUGCUACUUCAGUCUCUUGAACAGAGAGAGGUUUAGUCUGUCAGCCUUUUUCAUUCUAUGGGCUGAACGACAGGCGUUUCCCACACCUGUAAGUCCAACUGAUUAUAACACUAGUGUAGCGAUCCUACACCCUCAGGAUGGGUUGUUUAGCCACUGACUGGGGCCUCAUCAUUAUACAUGUUCUCCAGACAGUCCUGUGAGAAGCUAUAGGGAAAAUAAGACAUACACUACAUGACCAAAAGUAUGUGGACACCUGCUCGUCGAACAUUAAUUCCAAAAUCAUGGGCAUUAAUAUGGAGUUGGUCCCUCCUAGGCCUGGCUCACAGUCGGCUGUCCAUUU